GUGUUGCUGUAAAAGCACCGUCCCAACACCUGCCACAUCUUUAAUAAACCCCGCUUCGUUAAUACUUACUUAUAGAUUUCAAGCCCAGGUUAAACAGGAAUUUCCUAUUUGAAAAGCAUUCUCUACUUGAGGUACAAUGAUUAUCUAAGAUCAUGGCAAACUACCAAUACUCUGUUCCAGAGCAAGAUCCGAAAAUGGAGAGGCAACCGCCGAAUAUCCUCCCAUUUCCGAGCCAGAUUAAAGCCUACGAUCAGUCUGCCUCACACAGCAACACAGCCCUCAAAGUCGAAGCUGGUUCACCACGGCAGGCGAAUCCGGGCUGGGACAUGUCGUACGAUAAUGGGCAGUUGCCGAAUCCUAGCACGAACACUACUCAGCAUCAAGGCCCGCCGCAAGCGGAGUACAUUGUUAGAGGCCCAUUGACUUCCAACUCUGGCCAAUCUAAGUAUACGCACACCGGCGGCGGAAGGGGUGUCCAGUUUGAGAACUUCUACAUACCCACCGAGCUCAUUCAUCGUGUACCCUCAGAUGCCUCGGUUGUCGAACCAGAUUCUGUUUUGGGAGAUUCCGGAAGACUCUACCACGGAUAUAAGGAUGGCAAAUACUUUUUGCCGAACGACGGACUAGAACAGGAUCGGCUCGAUCUUCAAUAUGCAGCCAUUCACAUGAUCUUGCACGAAAGGUUAGCCUGGGCGCCGAUGUUGAUACAACCUCGGCAUGUCCUGGAUAUUGCUACCGGCACCGGGAUCUGGGCUAUAGAGUUCGCUGAACAAAAUCCAACUGCGCAAGUCAUCGGGACCGACUUAAGUGCAAUUCAGCCGCAUAACUCGACACCCCCGAAUUGCGUCUUCAUAAAGGAGGACUCCGAGGAGGAGUGGUUGUUUGAUCAAAAGUUCGAUUAUGUCCACCUAAGAAUGGUAGUAACAUGUUUCGAAGACAAGAAACGGGUAAUUAAACAUGCUUUCGACAACCUCAACGCGGGUGGAUGGAUCGAAUUUCAGGAUACAGAAUCACACAUUCACUCAAUGGAUAAUAACCUACAAGACUCCCCAUUUAAUAUAUGGGUCAAGAGUAUUGUUCAGGGGGCUGCUGCCAUGGGAAGGGACCUGAAAGUAGCUGGAAAGUACAAAGAAUGGCUAUUGGAAGCCGGAUUCGUCGACGUGGAGGAGAUCAGGUUUCGAUUCCCAUAUGGCACAUGGCCAGACGACCCCAGAUUUAAGAAGAUCGGGGCAUUCUGUCGUCAGAACAUGAUAGAAGGUGCUCGAGCUAUAGGUUGGAAGAUGCUUACCGGCAGGGGCCUGACUGCACAAGAGAUUGAGCAGCUCACAGAAAACGCAAAGGCGGAGCUAAUGGACCCCCACAAGCGCUUCUACGGAUAUUUUUAUGUCGUAUACGGUCGGAAGCCGUUCGAAUGGGAAUCCAGCAACGAUUUAGCCUGAAAUUGGGCCGACAGACGCAGAUACUCUAUGUGUAUAGGCUCGCAUUUAUAUUUGUCAAGGAUUGAUGAUUUCUCAUGAAUAACAUGGGACAAGCGAAUACACCUUGCUCAGAGAAAAUCUUCUAUAUACAAGUUACAUUAUUUGCUUUGUUAAGAAUAAGCACACUUGUAAGUCGACUAUUACUUAGAGCAAUAGACCGAAUUUCCAACCCUUCAG